AUGUACACCAAGACCGCUGCCGUUUUCGGUUUCGUCGCCGUCUCUGGCGUCUCGGCCCAGACCGGAUACCCAGCUUCUUCCCAUUCGUACGCGACCAAGAUGAACAACGCGACGGCGCCGACGCCCGUCUGGCAGUACUACAACAUGACGGUGCCGACCACCGUCGUCGUGCACGAGCUCACGACCGUCUGCCCUGAGAAGACGACCAUGACGUACAACGGCGUCCACUACUCUGCUACCAAGGGCGAGACUAUCACCGUCACGAACUGCCCUUGCACUGUUACUACGAACGUCCAAGUCAUGACCUCCUCCGUCUGCCCCCCCGGCGCGACCCCCACCGCCGUCGCCCCCGCCGUCCCAUCCGUUCACACCUACACCGCCGGCACCCCUGGGACCGUCGCGGAAGUCACCGUCGUCAACACCCCUUCCGCCCCAAACACCGUCGUCACCGGCACCCACACCGCCGUGGCCACUGAGACCAUGACCGACAUGUCCGGGUACCCCAUGUCCACCCCUGUCGCCAGUGUCUCCGUCGCCACCGUACCCGCGGGCGCCGCCCCCGCAGCCGCGUCGUCGUACAUGACGACCUCGAUGCAGAUGCCGCAGCACACCUCCAUGACCAUGCCUGCCAGUGCCAGCGCCACGUACAGCGCCAUGCCCACCGGUGUCGAGAUCUCGGGCGCCGAGAGGAGCGGCAAGUCUCUGCUCGCCGUCAUGGUUGCCGCCUUCUUUGGCGCCGUGGCUUUGUAA